UUGAUAAAACAACUUAAGGCUAAGCCAAUCUCUGAGGAGCAAUUGGCGGCUGAAGUCGCUGGUAUCUACGCCGGUCUUAUCAUGGUCGAAGAUAAAUGCAUCGAAGUUGACGACGCUCAAUCCUUAUCCUCACCGACCGAGACUAAGCUGCAUAACCAGCAGUGGCAAGCAUUGAUCGCCCUGCACAGAACAUUGCUACAUGAAUACUACGACUUCUUGUUAGCUUCACAGCAUCCGUCCGCCAGUCCUGGCCUACGACGCAUGGCUUCUGAGUAUCAUAUGCCAACAAGGAUAUGGUGCCGCGGGAUUCAUCCGUUGUUAGAGCUACUUAGGCGGCGGCUUCCUGAAUCUGAAGAGCAUAUGUUAACAUAUAUCUUCCUCGCAUAUAACAUUAUGACACUACUUUACGAAACAGUACCUGCGUUUCAAGACACAUGGGUAAAGUACUUGGACAACUUGGCAAGAUAUAGGAUGGCUAUUGAAGACGACUGCCUGGAAAUGGAAGUUUGGACAUCAGUUUCUCGAGAUUGGUAUUUCAGGGCGUCGGACAAGGCGCUGACCACUGGUGGGCCAUAUCACCAUCUUGCGAUCGUGACGACACACAACAAUGCUUCACAACGACUAUUUAACUACUCAAAGAGCAUA